ACAACACAUUGAGGCAGCUCUGCAUCUAGUAUUCGCUCUUUCGUAAACAGGACAUGUUUCCAAUCCUUCUCCAUGGAUAGGUUGUAGCAUUGAAGAAUAAACUUCCUUUCCAGGUCACCUACAUUCGCUCUUGCUUUCUUUUCGGUGCCUGUUUUAUUUUGAAGGGAAAUGAUUAAUAAAAUUUCAAAGUAUUGAAAUAUUUCAUUCGCGCUUUUUCUGCAGUUUCAACUCCCUGGGCACUUACCUGCUUUAUUUGAUUCUUGUUCAUCGAGUCUAUCGUUUGAAGAGGUACUUUCUACUUCCAAGGGACUCCACAUUUUCGUGGAAAUCGAAUAUUAGCGGAAAAUAUUUCAAAUUUAGAACAGCUCCUAAAACUCAACACCCGCAACACUGGCGAGAAAUAUGGUUGAGAGAGUGGAAAAAAUGCAUGAAAGAAUUUGUAAUUUGUAUUGUCCUUUUAAUUAGCAUCACCAUGCAACCAUGAAAUACAGUGCAUGCAUGUGAGAAGACCUGAUGGAUCUCGUACAGCUACAGUCCUUGCUUCGAACCUUAAUAGCGGUCGUGCUGCUUUUUGUUGCCUUGCAGCCUCCACUAAGAGGUGGUCGCUUUUCCUUGAGCCAGCGUUUGCUACCGGGUUUUCACGGAUAUGACUUUCGAGGGCGGGACKUGUUUUCUCUUAUUUCUGGGCAGUGUUGGUUAUUUUGGAGGAACACUGGCGAGACUCCAGGAUCUUUUWUACAACUGGUUAGAGAUUUGACACCAAACCUUUUUCAGUUGAAUGUUCGCGGGCAACCACGACAGCGUCAAGGGCGACAAAAGAUAAAUCUUAUCAACCAAAUUUUGUUAGUGCUCAUGUGGUUGAGGAAGUAUCCCCAUAUUGACACCCUGGCGUUGUAUGACAUCGAUCAUAUGUCUGUCGUCCGGAUCAUUUACAAAGUUUUGCCUGAGCUCUGGCAGUACUUCCAUAAUCAAAUAAGAUGGCUCAAUGAUCUGGAAUGGGCGAACUUGAUGGGUAAUUGGCCCGAAUUUCCGAAUGCAGUGGGUGCGAUUGAUUCAACUCCGCACGAGAUUUAUCGGCCCUUAAUCGAACCACAGAGACAAUUCUACAGUGGCCACCGUCACUAUCACUGUUUUAAUGAUGCUACUGCAUACCGGCUUAUGACCCCGAUUGGAACUGGACAACCCCUUAGCCUACCGCGUGACGCUAAUUUUCUAACUGAUAGAGCUUACCCAGACGGCGGACCCCUACUUACUCCAAUACRAGCGAUGCAAAUGCAUUUACUGAACGCUAGAGACCAAAGGCGAGCUCGGAAAUUUAACAGGUGUUUGGCAAGAAGAGGCAUUAAAGUAGAACACGUUUUCAAGGACAUGAAAACUUAUAAGGCUAUAGCAAAUAUUUGGAGACAUCCAAGGUGGUUGAUGCCAAUUUGCAUUGAGCUUGUGGCGUUUUUGGCAGAAAGACGGGUCAGACUUUUUCAACAAAUCUAAGAAUUUACUGGAAACCCGUCCUUCUAUAUUUUCAUUAAGUUGUAGUGAACGAUAUCAAUGCAUUUCAUAGAAAUUAUAAGUCAAAAAUAUAUUAUAGAAAGGAGUUUACAUCUUAAAUUCGACUCUGCAGUCUAUAAACUCCUUUAAAUGAAAAUUGUUAUGUUUUGAUUGUUUAGAUAUUUGAGAUAUGUGAACCCCAAAAAAUGUUGUUUACAUUAAACCCAUAUCUUAUAAAUCGUUAUAAUUCAUUUUAAAUAUUUUGUACCAGCGAAUUUUUGUCGUUAUAGUCUUUUUUAAAACUUUAGCUGAUUCACCGAAGCGUGUAGCCACGUGAGCACAUCAUUAGCAUGCUAUUUUACUCACCAGCUCAUUUGCAUGCUAAACAUUGGUUAUGUGAUAUCGCUCUAAUAUCAUAAUUAUUAGUUGAUCUAGUAGCUGAUUGUAAUGGCUAAUCUGCAGUCCAUCCAGCUGAUGAUAAUAUUUUACACAAGUUGGUAUUUACAGCUCAGGAAGUUGAAACAUCCAGCAGAAUUGAUUGCAGCUAUGUUCCGUUAAAAAUGAGUUGAUAGCUUGCUCACUAAGAUGUCCUGUGCAAUGAAAUAGGACUUUCCUCACCUCCCUGCAAUCCCCUGUAUAUCGAGUACAAUUAAUUGUUUCUGAGAUUGUCCUUAUGUGUAAUUAGCAUAUGCCUCUGCUUUAAGGCUGAGAUCAUGAACUUCAUCCCCACACACGUACCCAUCAUUAUUCAUGUAUUUCAUGAAAGGGCCCCCCUUCUAGAAUGUUUUCCAGUGUGAUAUACUCUCCAUUGAGACCGGAAAAGUAUAUUUUAGGGUAUUGAAAACACUUUCCAAACUCCAUUGGACUCUCCACUUCCAUAUUUUGGGCAAAAUUACGUGCUAGAGUGCUCAUCUGUACAGCGUUUCUAGUUUUCACCUCUAAAGACCCAGUCAAUCUUUUUAUUCCUUCAAUCUCCUCCGCCUUGUAUCUCUUAAGGACGUACUUCUUUUCAGGGAGUCCAUUUAUAGUGCUAGCCAUGUAGGCAUGACGAAAUCCUUCACUUGCAAAUGGGGAUUUGUCCACUGCUAAAUUCACUGGGAAAGGCUUAGAUCAUUCUCUCUCGGCGAUAGAAAACUCCUCCAAGUAAAGGCUUAAGAUUUCGACUUUUUGGUCAAUAAAUUGUCCAAUAUUUAAGCAUUGUGCUGACAGGUGCAGAAGUAGCAACCUUAGCUGGUGUUGUUUUACACUUUUUAGGUGGGGACUUUGAGGGACUUACCGGGUGAUUUGUAGCUUUAGUACUGUAAAUAUUGUGAGCUGUUUUUACUUCAGCACACUCGAGCUCAAGGACUUCGAUGAAUCGAAUGUGAAUAACUUUGAAGGACUUCAUCUGUGAAAUGUCGGUGUAUUAAUGCCCGCGCUCUCCUGCUAGUAUGUCACACUCCAAUUCAGUAUUGAAAUGUUUUUUUUGCAAGCAUAUUUGAUGUUCUCCAUAGUACAUUCUUUUCCCUGCAUGGGAACCAUGGUCAGGGGCCAGUUCUGCCGUAUUUCUGACACCGUCCCUCGACGUUAGCAGUCAG